AUGUCGGCAGCAUUCUUGGUCGUGCUGUUGUUCCUGCCGGCCACUGCUUCUUGCGACAAAGAGGAUGUGUCUUUGGACUAUGGCUCCUUGCUGCAACAUCAUCACCAACCCCGGACUCUUCAUGGUACCUACGCCAGUGAGCUGAAGCACGUCUUCGUUCUGAGUCAAGAAGGAGAGGUCAUCGUCGAUGGCAACACGACUGCCUGCAAAGCUCACUGGCCCUUGCUAGCGGAUGGUUACGCAGUGGCACAGGUUCACUACGACCCUGUGAACAUUCAUGGCUCUGCACGCUACUUCUUGAUGUCCCGCGAGGUGGAAUUGCACCCGCUCGGAAUUGCCGGCAGCUACUGGUUCAUGGGAGGAGCCCAGGACGUCGCGGCGCUCGGAGAUCGGGGCAUCAGGCGCAUGGCUUUCGGCUUUCCGGACUCAAAAGACCUCACUCGCUGGGUCACCUGGACGCUUUGCGACGCUGACUUCUUCGGCUCCUGCAAACAACAGUGCCUGUUCACCAAUGCUGACGAAUUGCCUACUCUGGAGCCCCUGAUUGCAGCAGAGCAGGCCAAAGCAGGCCAGUGA